GCGUUAUUAUCGCAUCGAAUGAUUACACUUAUUUGGAAUUCCGAAAUAAGUGAAAAGUCUGAAUAAGAUAAAGUAUUAUGUACAACGAUGUUGGGGUCGGGUGCACUAUCAAUGACUAUCUAACGAGUCUGUGCCACUUUACCUAAAUAAUAUUUAUUAUUUUCGACUCAGAUUGACGAAGAACGUUAUUUAGUUUAGUUUGUUUGUGCUUCCAGAAGAUAUUCCAUUUUCCUUUUCCGUGCAUCCAAGGAUUUACAUACAAUAUGCAGAACGGAGAAAAGUUUUCGCCGAUUUUUGUUAACGGUAACAACAACUAUGGAGCCUUUGGUAGAACAAACAGCCUCUCCAGCCCUUCGACGGCUUCGCCCAGGAUGAUGAUAUACUGCGUCCACGGGAAGCCCAACGCAGGAUGCUGCAGGGUGCUAGAAGGCGAGAUCAUUGAUAUGGAAUCCACCAAAGAUGUUGAUCUCUCCUCUCACACAAAGGAGAACUGCGACACCACCAAUCUUAUAAACAAGCAUUGCCACAAGUCCCGAUCGGAAGAUAUCGAUAAGCGAGCCAAAAGGAAGCUGAUCAUUGCUAGCGUGCUCUGCGUCAUUUUCAUGAUAGGAGAGGUCAUAGGAGGGUAUUUCUCGAGCAGCUUGGCGAUCGCCACGGAUGCCGCCCAUCUGCUAACGGAUUUCGCCAGCUUCAUGAUCUCGCUGUUUUCGCUUUGGAUGGCUACCAGGCCUGCUACGAAGAAGAUGUCUUUCGGGUGGUACAGAGCGGAAGUCAUCGGCGCCCUAACGUCCGUGCUUAUGAUAUGGGUUGUCACCGGAAUUCUGGUCUACCUAGCCAUUCAAAGGGUCAUCGAUAGGGACUUUGAAAUUGAUUCUUUUGUUAUGCUGGUCACUUCCGCUAUUGGGGUCGGCGUGAACUUAAUAAUGGGUUUAACUCUGCAUCAGCAUGGCCAUAGCCAUGGAGGCAGCAGUCACAACCACAGCCAUACCGAUAAUAUUAACGUUAGAGCCGCCUACAUCCACGUUAUUGGUGACUUCAUACAGAGCUUCGGCGUUUUCGUUGCCGCUUUGGUCAUCUAUUUUAAACCGGAAUUGAAUAUCGUGGAUCCAAUCUGCACGUUCGUCUUCUCCGUAUUGGUGUUAAUAACGACGUUUAACAUUAUUAAAGACACGCUGCUAGUUCUCAUGGAGGGAAUGCCAAAGGGGAUCGAUUUCAAUGAUGUCAUGGGCAUUUUCUUGCAGAUUGAAGGGGUCAAGCGCGUUCACAACUUGAGGAUUUGGGCGCUCAGCCUGGACAAAACGGCUCUGUGCGCUCACCUAGCCAUUGUUCCAGGAACGAAUCCUCAAGGAGUACUAAUGGCAGCUACAAAGAACAUACACGAGAAAUACAAUUUCUUCGAAUUAACUCUUCAAAUCGAGGAGUUCCAAGAAGCCAUGGAAAACUGUCAUCAAUGUAAAAUUCCAGACGUGUAGAUCGUCAUUCCAAUAUGUAUACUUUUUAUAAUUUUAUAUUAUAAAUAUUGUUUUUAUUUGUAUUAAACAUUUUUUUUAUUAUAAA